AAUUACUUUGCGAAGGACAAGAUUAUAAGGCAUUCAUCAAUGUUGUUUAGAUUCCUCAUCCUGAUUCACGUUUGUGCUGCGUUCCCAUUAAAAUGUCCCGAGCCAGCGCAGUGGUCAUUCCGUGCAAGGAGUCAUUGUCCUGAUCCGUCUAAGUAUUUUUGCCUGAAGAAUGAUCUCAUCAACGGAUAUUCUGAAAACUGCACAGUAUUCGAUUUUCUACAGCCAGGUCGAAAAAAUGUUCUUCGUGGAGGAUUAGAUGCGGAUAUUUGUUCGUCAGAGCGCUUCCAGCCAUGGCCAAUAAACUUUUACACAAAUGUCAGUACCAACUGUAUCUUUCUUAAGUCAUCAUGUAAUGAAGAAGGACAAGUUGUCUAUGGUAAUGGAAAUCGAAACACAGAUACUACCUGCAAGUGUGAUUACACGAAAGGUUUUGAUUUCCUUGUCAAACCUCGAAAUCCAUGUUUUUGUGUACCAUCAGAAGAAGAUUGUUCGUGUUAUUUGAAGACAUGCACUAAUUCAACUUUCAAACUAUCACCAGAUAACGAAUGCAUUUAUUCAAGAAUGAACUUAUCGAUGACCCAAUACAAACCAAUUAUGAAUGGAAGAGAUAACACAGAUAAAAACCAAAUUCAAACACAGUAUGUAUCAAGAAAAGACAAUAUAUCAUCUCUAGUUCUAUGGAAAAUAUUAGCAGGGAUGUCUACCUUCGUCAUGUUUGUUGUCUGUAUUGGUUUGAUUUUGGUAUUUUGUGGAAAUGAAUUAUUAGACAAAUACUACCGCAAAGCUUACUUCAUUUUGGAGCCAGCUGAUGCCAUAACGACAGUAGAGGGUCAAUCUGUGUCCCUAGUGUACAAACUACUGUUAAACAGAUUUGAAAUUGAAUUUAAAAGAAACAAUUUGCCUAUAGAAGAGGCAAACAAUAUCAAUAAAAUAGAAGCAGGACGUUCAAAGACGUUAAAGAUCUCACCCAUAUAUCUGACUGAUGACGGAUCAUAUAGUAUGGAGACGAUAGAUAUCAAAAGUAAAUCAACAAGGUUGAUUGUUAAACCACUGUUCAAACGUCAAUUGGAAAAUAUAAAACAAAUGGAAGGUUCAAACACAAUAUUUGAAUGUGAAACAGAAAUAGAAAACAGUGAUGUUGAAUGGUUUAAAGAUGACGUAAAGAUAACUGAUAACACUGAAAAACUGGAAACAGAAGAAGGGCAUAUCUAUAAACUUACAAUUGAACAUACAAGUGUCAAAGAUAGUGGAACAUACAUAAUAGAAAAAAGUGGCAUUCGUAGUGCAGCAUCGUUAGAAGUUAAAGCACUGUUCAAACAACCGUUGGAAAAAGAACACAUUGUGGAAGGUUCAGACACAGUAUUUGAAUGUGAAACAGAAAAAGAAAGUGGUGUUGUUGAAUGGUUUAAAGGGGGAGUUAAGACAACUGAUAACACUGAAAAUAUUGAAACGCCAGAAGGAUAUGUCUAUAAACUGACAAUAAAACGUGCAACUGUCCAAAAUAGUGGAACAUACAAAAUAACUAAGAAUGGUAUUUGUAGCGAGGCGGAGUUAGAAGUUAAAGCACUGUUUAAACGUCAACUGGAAAAUAUAACAAUUAUGGAAGGUUUAGACAUACGAUUUGAUUGUGAAACAGAAGAGGAAAAUAGUUCUGUUGAUUGGUUUAAAGAUGACGUUCUAAUAAAAAUGAACACUGAAAACAUAAAGAUGGAGACAUUGCCAGGAAAUAUCCACAAACUUACCAUUUCACCUGCAAGACUUCAAGAUAGUGGGAAAUACAGGAUAGAAAGUAAUGGGAUAAGAAGCGAAGCUGUCUUAGCUGUUAAAGAAAUGCCAGAUACUAUAAAACAAAUGUCCAAACACGAUAGAGAAGAAUUUCUCAAAGCAACAAAAUCUGGUACAAAACAACGAUAUUAUAUAAGAGUUAUGAUCGUUGGAGAAAGUUCAGCUGGGAAAACAUGCUUAUUAAGACGUUUAAUGAAUAAACCAAUAGAUGACGUCAUCAGCACCGAUGGAUUGGAUAUUGAAAGACGGAAAUGUCAGGUUGAUGUAAAGACUGGUGAAUGGCAAUUUCCAACAACCGAUGAAGAUUCUUAUUCGGUUUGGUCUGGUCAAAAUGAACAAUUUGCAGACUGCGGAUUUUGGGAUUUUGCUGGUCAGAAGGAAUUCUAUGCAACACAUCAAACCUUCCUUAGUGCAAAUGCUGUUUACCUACUAGCUGCAGAUAUAUCGAAAGAUUUCUCAAAGAAAACAUAUCAUAACAUGCUUGAGGACAAAUUCGAAAGCUUAGGAGAAUACAUUGACUUUUGGCUUGAUAAUGUACAUUGCUAUAGGACAGACGUUCCUAAUGCAUCAAGCCAAUGCAGCGUAGAUCUAAAUCCACCUGUUAUCAUAGUUGGCACAGGGAUUGACAAAAUUCCGUUGGAUGAAAGAGAAGACGGUCAGCAGAAUUUCCAAGAUCAUUUGCGCAAAAUUCUAUCUUAUCAUGAGAAACGCAGACACCUUCGGAAAACUCAUUUUUUGUCAAAUAAAUUUCCAUCAGAUAAUGGAGAGGAAUUUAAAAAGCUGCGAGAAGAAAUUUUUGAUAAAGCUAAGACCCUAAAAAAUUGGGGUGACAAUCUUCCAUCGCGAUGGAUAGUUCUUGAAAAAGUAAUUCACAGUAAGAUAUCUGAGGCCAACUAUACUAUGUCGUAUGCUGAAGCUAUAGAAUUAGCAGCGAAAUGUUCAUUUCCAGAUCACAAUCAGACUACGUCUGAACUCGACUCUUUUCUAAAGUAUGAACACGAUAUUGGUAAUAUCAUAUUUUUUGAGGACGUGAAAGAUUUUAUUGUAUUAGAUCCCAAAUGGCUCGUUGACGUAUUUAAAUGUUUUGUCUCCAAUCAAUAUGCAAAUGAGCUUAUAAAUAUGACAGAAUGGUCAGAACUAGAAAAUAAAGGCGAAUUGUCAAAUAACUUAAUCGUGAAAUUACUAGAAAAAGUUCCGCACCUAAACGUGAUGAAACAUAAAAUAUUUGUUUUACAAAUUAUGGAAAAAUUUGACAUUAUCGUCAAAUCAAGAAAUGAUGAGGCCUCUAAAAUCUUGUAUAUGCCCUGUAUGAUAAAAACUGCGACACUCAAAGACAUUAUUAGAGGGAUCGGCGCUGAAAAGUGCAAAAAGAAAACAUCGUGGUUUAUACUGGAGUUUGACUUUUUACCCCCGUCAUAUUUCAAUCAUAUAUUAGUUAGCUUUGUCAAAGAGAAAAGACUUUCGAUAAACAAGGAUAAUCAGCUGUGUAUUUUUCGCAAUAUAGGACUUUUCGACAUAAAUGACUCACGUACUCGAGUUCUCAUGAUUUGCCUCUCACAAAAUUCUAUUGCUAUGCAAGUCUUGCAGUGGAAUCUUGAACGUCAUUGUUACACUGACAUUAAAAGCAAACUAAUAGAUCUUGUUCGUUCAAUGCGACUACGGUAUCGCAUAAAUAUUACUUAUACGAAGACAUUCAAGUGUUCUAAGGGAAAUUGCUUUUCGAACGAGGGGAAAGUUGAAUUUGAUACCUUACUAGCAGAGAGUCAAUACCGCUGUACAGAACAUAAGCAUACACAUCCAUGCAAAGAUAUCAUGAAAAGUUGGUUGACGAACAAAGAAAUUGAAGAAGAACAUGAAAACAAAGCCUACAGAAGGUAAGUAAUGUUUUUACUUUCGAUUAUAACGGUAUGCAUCUCCAUGUACAUGAUGUA